GACACGGCACCAGAGUUAAGUGAGGGUUUUUCAAAAUGCUGACACACCGAGCUCAAAAGGUUCGCCAUCACUGGUCUAGAGCCUGAACACAUCUGGGAAAGCUUCCUUAGGAACAGGAUGGGCAGGAGGUAUGGGAAGGCUGGACUGGUCCCCUCUCACUUUGCAGCGUGGCCUCCCACAUACAGUCUGUCACAUACUUCCUUGCAGGGCCCGGAAAAUCAAGAAAGAAUGUCGAGUGAUGAUAAAAAUAAGCCGAGUGAUCCGAAGAAUGAGCCCAAGAACUGUGACCCAAAAUGUGAACCAAAGAUUGAGACCAAGUGCCAGCCCAGCUGUUUAAAGAAGCUGCUGCAACGGUGCUCUGAAAAGUGCCCCCGGGAAAAGUGCCCACCACCGCCCAAGUGCCCCCCAUGCCCCCCGCCAUGUCCCAAGCCAUGCCCCCCGCCGUGUCCCAAGCCAUGCCCAUGCCCACCGCCAUGCCCUCCCAAGCCGUGUUCUAAGCCCUGUCCUCCUAAAUGCCCGCCUUGCCCACCCCAGUGCCCUCCCCCGGAGUGAGGCACCAAGGGCGUCACCCAGCCCCAUACCGCCGUCAUCUCCACGUGCUCACCGCCUUGGGGCUGAGAACUGAAACCAUGAACUGACAAGUAAACGUGUCCCUCUGCUGUGCAAGACUUGCUUCUCCUGGGGUGUUGGUUUUUCGUGGGGUAUUUUUGGCAGUUUUCGAUUUAUCUGUUGUUUUCCAGCACUAAACCACCAAGAAGCUAUCCCUGAGGAGUGAGGCCAAGACCCCGGCCUUCUAUGAUCAAUGACCUUUGAAGACAGUGUCUCCUCUGGCCUUGCCUGCUACAUAGAGAAAGAGGGCAUCUUCUGAGGGUGCACCCAGGGUACACCUCCCUGUAAGAGCGCAGCCCGAGAGCCAUAAAGAUGGCUGUUAAAGUGGCUAACUCCAGGGACCAAGUGGGCAUGAGGGAGGAAGACAGCAUGAGGGUGAAAGAGGAGAGGGAUAUUAGGAAAGGUCCCGGAAGGCUCAGGAAAAGAAUCCUACCUGUUGCUUUGAGACCCAUCGCCCGACGCUUGGACGUAGCACUCUAAAACCAGGCUGCGUGGAUUUAAAGCCCAGCUCUGCUCUCUCACUACUUUGUGACCGUAAGCAAGUUGCUUAAUUUCUCUGAGCCUUAGUUUCCUCCUCUCUGUACAAGUAAUGAUGAUGCUAAUAGUGCUAGUGAUACAGGAUUGCUGUGUGGCUUAAGGAGUUAAAGGCCAAGUGCCUGCUUUACUGGGAUAUAGCAAGUGCUUAGUUAGGGGAGCACAGUGCACCUGCCCAGGUGUGACACAUUGCACCUGAACUUAAUUGCACCGCUGGACUUAAUUGCCCUGUGCUGCUCUUCACCUGCCUGCAAGCUCUGUUGCAAUAGUUAGGUUCUAACUUACACCUGUGAGCAUGGCUAGGUCUUCUUUUAAAAAAACAAAACAGGCGUUGUAGAUGACAUUAAUGUCAGUUGGCUGGCUUUGACCCUGAACUACAAUUAUGUAACAGAUUGCCAUUGACAAGAGUUCAGUGAAUGGUAAAGUGGGAUGUCCAUUUUUGCAGCCUUCUGUGCAUCUAUAAAAUUUCAAAAGAAAAACUUAAGCACAAAAGAAUAGAAAAGAAUACAUCUGGGAGGACCACUAUUAGAAAUGAACAGGAAAAACAUUCUCAGCGGAUAUGUCAGUGGGGAUUACUUACAGGUAGCUAAAGAGAGUGCACAUCAAACAGCUUAAUUCACAAAAGGGAAUGUCUCAUUUCAAGUCCCUGGAAAGGAUAUUGGGAUGGUGUGGGGAGGCAUAGAAUUAAAGACAGAACUGUAGGUGCCAGGACUUCAGGAGCUUGGACUCACUGCCACCCUUUCAGUCUCCCUCAUCUCUCUCCAUCAGUCUCCACUCCUUUUCAGGGUGGGUCUCCCCUCCCCCGCCUCGCCCCAGGGCCCCUCGUGUGGGAAGGUCCUUGGCCCAGUGCAGACCCAGCGCGUUGAUGGAUUGGGCAUGAGGAGCUCGUGUUAUUUCCAGGAAAAAAAGUGAUUGCUAGGAGGGCCUGAGCCACCCUCUGACCAUGCGGCAAAGAGCUUUGCCACCAUCACAGUCCACAACACUCAAGUGGGAGGAGGGUUAGCAUUCUCUGCUGUCACGGUUAAGGGGAAGAGAUCAACCGAA